UAUAGCAAAUAACUAGUUGUAUUCCUGAAAAUAUUACAAGAUUCAUAAUGUGAUUUUUACCCAAUACCAGGACUGUGUACCAGCCCAUCCUUUUGUGCAAACUACCGCCAACACUGCCUAGUAGAAACACCCAAAACCUGGAUCGGUGCGCAGAGCUACUGCAAAGAGAGAGGUUUCGACCUGGCCACCAUAGACGACAUUGGGGCAAUGAAAGCACUGCUUCCCUUGAUCGCCAACCAAAGUUCAGUGUGGCUAGGCCUUUAUGGAGGUGGAUCUACGAGCUGGUUGUGGUCCCUAGCAGACCAUAAUUUUUACAAAGCCGGCGAGAGAAAUUACAGAAAUUUCGAGUUAGGUUCAGAUAGGAAUUACUUGGUUACUUCCAAGGAUGGCAUCUGGAAAUCUAGCAUUAAAAAUAAAAAAAGCUCUCUGAUGUGUUAUGAUGGUAAGGAACACGCUGCUAAAGUUAUACCCAAUCAAAAUAAUUUUGAUAAGGAUCAAACACAUUCAAAAACAUCAUAAUUAUAAACAUGAUCAGAGAUAAAAACGUUAUGAUUUAUGUUUUUUUUGUUCAGAUAACAAACAAGGUCGAGAAAGAUAUGUCCUAGUCCUCCAGGCCAUGGACAUGUCCGCGGCGCGGGAUUACUGCAGGACACACCACACAGACCUAGUCAGCAUCAGGAGUGCAGCAGAGAACCAGGAGGUCCGUGAGGUCGCCGCUGGUCACGAGGUCUGGAUUGGCCUCUUCAAAGACACAUGGAGGUGGUCGGACGAACGCUACUCCUCCUUCAGAUUCUGGAAGCUAAAUGUUUAUACUGCUUACACCCUUACUACAAUUUGCGGUUUCGUGGAUUUGGCACAGACAGGAGAAUGGGGCUUGUCAGAUUGUGGAUUGAAGAGACCUUUCCUCUGUACCUGUACUAAAACAAGGGUGCUCAAAGUGAAGGUCCGUUCAGAGGAUCUGCAGGACAUGAGCGACCCGGCAACAAAAGCAGCAAUUUUAAAACAAAUGCAACAGCUGGUGGACAAGGCGACGAUGCCCGGCGGACAUAAGAUGAUAUGGAGAACAAAGCCUGAUGGACAGGUGUUCACCAGGGAGCAGUGUCAUCAAGAAGACUGUGACUCUUUAAACUGAGCCACUGACUCACUGGAACACUAACAUCUGGCUCAAGUGCAUGACUGGAUUGACGAUCACUGAUACAAUAAUGUGUGAUGCUGAUUUGAGGUGAUUUGCUUUUAGAUUAUUUUAGUUUGUGUAUGAAGGGCUCUGUUAGCUUUGUUUUGUGCCGUUUUUUGCGAUGUGGCCUUUGGUCACUUUUUGCUUUCCGUGUUGCGGUUUUGUGAACCUUUUGGUUCAGACCACACAGGAAGUUGGUAUAGGUGUGGGUGGCCUUUUAUUUGGUGAGCCAUUUUCUCCUGUUUUUUGGUUAGGGGGCUAGGCUCACCCUUUUGAGUUUUUGUAUAGAUUAAUUCUGUCUAUGUUUUAUAUUUGGGCCAAGGCUCACCCUGACAUAUAGAUUAUUUUGGAAUUAAUAUUAUUUAUGCAAUACAUCCUUUGUUAGCGUGUGAAAAGUCUCUUUAACUGUUUGAGUUGGUUUUAUGUUAACCCCUCUAUCCCCCAGACUAGAGGGUCGUAACAGCUGUAAAUGGCUGGAAUUGGAAAGUGUGCGGAGUUUGAAGAGGCUUGAGCAUACAAAAAUGUUCAACAUUUACACGCUACUUUUUUAUUGAACAGACGUUCGGUUUUUUGUUAUAGGCCUACUUUAUUUAUUUUUUUAGAAGUAUACUGUUGUGAUAUGAAUUGUGUGUGAACUGUAUCUGAGUUUAUUAUAAUUUAGGAUGACUGUAAUAUCGCCAUACAUCCCACUGGGGGGGAGCGGUCAGUAGGUCCAUCUGUUUUCCCGUGUGGUGUGUUGCGCUCCUAGCGCUCGUUACUUCUCUACCAGA